AUGGACGACUUCAAUGCUCUUGUAACAGUGCUUGACACUCCGCCGCUUCGUCCGACCGCUGCCCGGCCCCCUGAGACUGCAGAGUUUAUCCGUCAGUUCUUGACCGAUGGCGAGGUAGCGGAGCUGGAUCAAGAGUUCGCCUCAUCAUGCGAGCCAAACAAGCAAGUCAUGUGGACCGGCAUCGCUCGUGAGGCGGCACAGAAAUGGGCGGACGACAGGGGCAUGCAGACGCUGUCGACAGCCAUGGGGCCGUUACGAACGCGCGACGCAUCGCGAAAGCACCCCGGAAAGAAAGGGCUGACCAAAUACAUGAGAGGCGCGUCAGCCGAAUUUGCGUGGCAUAUUGCGAGGACCAGCCAUGUCGUGACGGUCCUCUGCCCACCGCCUCCGCAGCGAUUUAACCCAGGUGGCGGAACGAACAUGCAACUGGUCGAACUGCCAAUAUUGACUGGCAUAAUUGGCGGCCACGCCGUUGCGAGAAUCAUUGCUAUUCACCCUACGGUUCCAGAAGCUGCGGACUUCUGGUACCAGUUCUGGCCAUUCGAUCAGUGUGACAUCUGGCGGAAGAGAUAUGCCCAGAGCGUCGACGGAGUGACACAAUGGCUGCAGCGAUCAAGAAAGGCCAGCGUUAUACGAAUUGAAGAAAAGCUGCGCUUGACCCUAAACGGAACCAACGAUAUGGUGGUCAUCGAAGCAAUAUUGCCUCAAGACACAGCUGCAAGCACAUCGGCGACCGGGGGAGAGACGAGGCUGGCAACAAAUGCGGCGUCAGCAAGUAACAGGAGCAAGGCGAAGGGAAAGAAGAAAGAGACGGACGAAAAGCAACGAGUGAAGGCAGCACCGACGGCCUUGACGGCCCUCGAAGAUGAAGGUGGCGCAAAAUCAAAGACGAAAUCUCAAACGACAAAAAUGAUGACGGCACCAACGACGAAGGCCAAGAAAGAGACCAAGAAAGAGACGAAGAAAGAAGCCAAGAAAAACACCAAAACGAAUGAGAAAAACGUCACGAAAACGACCAAACUUGAACCCCCAAACAAAUCCAAAGCAAAGACCAAAGCAAAGACCAAAGAAAAGACCAAAGGAGAGACCAAAGGAAAAGGCAACGAAACGGCCAAAAACAUGAAAGGAAAGUCCAAAGAAGAGUCCAAGAAGCAGCCCAAGCAAUACCCCAAAGGAAACCAACCGAUGCAGACAGAACCGGUGUCUCUUCAAGGACACAAGAAUGGCUCAAAAUCAAAGAGGAAAGCUGGUACUAAGAAGAUGGACAAGGACAUGUGCAUCUCGAGAAUGAGUCCCCCGGCGCGAGUGAACGCCUCCGGGCAGGCCGGCAACAUGAGCGUGGCAGGUGGUCGUGAUGCUUGGAUUGUACUUUUUGUUGCUGUUGCUGAGGCCGGCUGUUUUUGGUUCUUUGGUCGCUCCCUUUAA